UUCUAAUCUCAACCGACAAUUCACUGACAAAUGGAGGCCUUGAGUUCAAAGAAAAGAACCCCAAUAUGUAAACCACACUAUUCCUAUUCCUAGUUUCCACUCACAAUUAUAAUAUCUUCACUUCACACUCCUCCUUUGGUCCCAGUAUCAUUAACAAUUCAACAACCUCCUCUUCCUCCCUUUAUAAUUACUCAGCUUCUUCUCCUAACUUCCCUUCUCACCUUCACAAAUUUUCAUUUUUUAUGUUAUCUUUGUACUUUUUCCCCAUAUGGGCAUCAAAAUCUUCAUGGUUUCCUUCAUGGUAACCUCAAUAUUGUUCUUUCUGCUCUUCAUUCCCACUAGAUUAACCAUACAAAUCGCCAGCCUCAGGCCUAAUAUGAACUACUUGAGUGUCCCUACUAGAAGUAGCAAGGCUUACCCGGCCACUUUUGCCUACCUGAUCUCGGCAUCAAAAGGAGAUGUUGUGAAGCUCAAAAGGUUGCUGAGGGUGUUGUAUCAUCCAGGGAAUUACUAUUUGAUUCAUAUGGAUUAUGGGGCUCCAGAGGCUGAGCAUAGGGAUGUGGCAGAAUAUGUGGCUAAUGAUCCUGUUUAUGGUCAAGUGGGGAAUGUUUGGAUUGUGGGCAAGCCUAAUUUGGUCACAUACAGAGGACCAACCAUGCUUGCUACCACUCUCCAUGCUAUGGCAAUACUUCUCAGGACAUGCCACUGGGAUUGGUUUAUUAAUCUUAGUGCAUCUGAUUAUCCCUUGGUUACACAAGAUGAUCUGAUCCAAGCGUUUUCUGAGUUGCCAAGGGGUGUUAAUUUCAUACAGCACACCAGUCAAUUGGGUUGGAAAUUGAGCAAGAGAGGGAAGCCAAUAAUCAUAGACCCGGGGCUUUAUAGUCUCAAUAAAUCAGAUAUUUGGUGGGUUAUUAAGCAGAGGAGUCUACCAACAUCUUUUAAGCUUUACACAGGUUCAGCUUGGACAAUACUAUCAAGAUCGUUCGCCGAGUAUUGCAUCGUGGGCUGGGAAAAUUUGCCAAGGACACUCCUCCUCUACUACACAAACUUUGUGUCAUCACCAGAAGGGUAUUUCCAAACAGUUAUAUGCAACUCUGAGGACUACAAGAACACCACUGUUAACCAUGAUCUCCACUACAUUACUUGGGACAAUCCUCCAAAACAGCAUCCUAGGUCUCUAGGACUUAAGGAUUAUAGGAAAAUGGUUAUGAGUAGCCGUCCUUUUGCUAGAAAAUUCAAGAGAAAUGACCCAGUUCUUGAUAAAAUUGAUAGAGAGCUUCUUAAGAGGUAUCAUGGGCAAUUUUCUUUUGGUGGAUGGUGCUCUCAGGGUGGAAAGCAUAGAACAUGUUCAGGUUUGAGAGCUGAGAAUUAUGGUGUGCUCAAUCCUGGUCCAUCCUCUAGAAGGCUAAAAAAUUUGCUAACAAAGCUUCUCUCUGAUAGAUUUUUUCACAAACAACAGUGCAGGUAAAUUACCAUUUGAUUUUGAUUUCAAUUUCAAUUGAUCGCUUGUAAAUUUUUUCACAAACAACGGUGCAGGUAAAUUACCAUUUGAUUUUGAUUUCAAUUUCAAUUUCAAUUGAUCGCUUGUAAAGAGUGAAGACUAUUGAAAUUUUGGUUAUAAUAUAAUCAAUAAUUUUUUCUUCU